CGCACGCUUCCGGCGCUGGUCCGGACUUGGCGGGCUGUGACGCCGAGGGUUGUUGCUUUACGCCGGCGUCUGCUUGUUCGCUGUUCUUUGAGAGGUUCUCAAAUAUUACUUCAACAGCAAAAGCUGAUCUCCAAUCCUGUAAAGAACAUGGCAGCCAUCUGAGAAAGGCCUGCAGUUGGAAGUAAUGCUAUUUGGAGAGAUGUGUGUCCCUUGUAAUGUUUGUCUGAAAUUCAAAUGUUGCUGGGCAUCCUGUAUUUUAUCUGGAAACCCUAGAAGAGUGACAUGUUUCCAAGAAUGCCUUAAAAGACUCUAAGUGGGUAAUUACAAUCUGGUACCUGGGAAUGGUAUCACCGAGUGAUAUGAUAACUCCAUGUUUAAAGUUUUGAGGAACUGCUAAACUGUUUUCCAAAGUGGCUACACCAUUUUAUCAUUCCACCAACAAUGAAUGAGGAUUGUAAUUCCCCACAUUCUGAUGGCUUCUUAUCUCAUUCAAAAGGCUGAGAAGUCCCAUGAUCUGCCAUCUGCAAGCAGGUAUAAUUCAGUCUGUGUCAGAAGGCCUGAGAACCAGGGGAGCCAAUGGCUGAAGGCCUGAGAAGGGAGGGGUGGUGUGCUGGAGGAAGUCCCAGAAUCUGAAGGCCUAAGAACCAGAAGCUCCGAUGUCUGAGGACAAGAGAAGAUGGAUGUCUCAGCUCAAGAAGAAAGAGAGAGAAUUCAUCCUUCCUCCACAUUUUUGUUCAACUGGACUCUCAAUGGAUUGGAUGAUGCCUGUCCAUAUUGGUAAAGAUUGGCUUAUUCAGGAUUCUUUGCCCUUGCCUGGGAGAACAGGUCAGGAGACAGAUGGCCCCAAGACUACCAAGACCCCAAAUCCAGGGAUCACUGACAUUUGGGGAUGUAGCUGUGGCCUUUACCCAGUUUGAAUGGAAACACCUGGAUGCCACUCAGCAAGCCCUGUACAGGGAUGUGAUGCUGGAAAACUACGGGAAUCUGGUGUCUGUGGGACUUCUCUCUUCCAAACCCAAACUAAUCACCCAGUUGGAGCAAGGGGCAGAGCCAUGGAUGGAAGUACAACAGAUUCCAUCAGAUACUUGCUCUGUCCAGGAGUACUGGUUUGAAACAAAGAUGUCCCCCCUAAAGCAACAUACUUCUGAAGGAUCUGAUCUGGGAGAGCAAACAAAAAGUGACGUGAUGGAAAGAGGCCUGGACUGGGAGGGCAGAAGUUCCACAGAGAAGACACAUUAUAAAUGUGAGGAAUGUGGGAAAGUCUUCAAAUAUAAUUCCUCCUUUAUUAGCCACCAGAGAAAUCAUACUGGUGAGAAACCCCAUAAAUGUAAUGAAUGUGGCAUAGCCUUUAUGAGCAGUUCAUCUCUUUUAAAUCAUCGUAAAAUUCACACAGGCAAGCAGCCUUAUAGAUGUAUUGAAUGUGGGAAAUUCCUUAAGAAGUACUCAACAUUUGUUAAUCAUCAGAAAAUUCAUUCUAGAGAGAAACCUCAUAAAUGUAAUGAAUGUGGAAAAGCUUUUGGAAAGAACUCUAUCCUUUUACGUCAUCAGAGAAUUCAUACUGGUCAGAAACCCUACAAAUGUAAUGACUGUGGGAAAGCCUUUGCUCAGAAUGUAGCCCUUACUCGUCAUGAGAGAAUACAUAGUGGAGAGAAGCCUUUUGAAUGUAAUGUAUGUGGGAAAACUUUUAGGGAUAACUCAACUGUGUUGGAACAUUUGAAAAUCCAUACUGGUGAAAAACCAUAUCGGUGUAAUGAAUGUGGAAAAACCUUUAGGAAGAGCUCAACUCUCGUUAGUCAUCAAAGAAUGCAUACAGGAGAGAAACCCUAUCACUGCAGUAAAUGUGGAAAAUCUUUUAGGUAUAGCUCAUCCUUUGCUGGACAUCAGAAAACUCAUAGUGGAAAUAAACCCUAUCAAUGUAACGACUGUGGGAAAGUCUUUACGAAGAGCUCAACCCUUAUUGGACAUCAGAGAAUUCAUACUGGAGAAAAGCCCUAUUACUGUAAGAAAUGUGGGAAAUCCUUCAGGCAUAGCUCUGGCCUUGUUGAACAUCAGAGAAUCCAUACUGGAGAAAAACCUUAUGAAUGUAAUGUGUGUGGGAAGGCUUUUCCCCAGAGUUCAGCCCUUAAACAACAUAAGAAAAUGCAUAACGAAGAAAGAGCCAUCAAAUGUAGUUAGUGUGGUAGAUCAUGCAGAAGUAGUUUAUUCCUUUUGACCAUCAAAGAGGAAACACUCAACAAAUCACACAUUUAAGAAAAAUAGUCUGUGUACCUCUAUCCUGGAGAACUUCUCACUUGUAAGGAUGUUCACUGUAGUAUGGUUUGUAUUAGUGAAAUAUUUGAAGAACGUAAAUGUCUGUCAAUAUGGAAAUAGUUACUAUAGAACACUAUGUAGGAAGUAAAAAGAAUGAGGUAGAACUCUAUAUAGAACCAUAGAAAUAUCCCCAUGAUACCUUGUUCAAGUUAAAAAAGCAAGUUGCAGAAAAUCUACAUAUUGUGGUCUAAUUUAUAUUUUAAAAAAUGAAGCUGUUUUUAUUUGUACAUAUAUGUCCUGUAUAUUCAAAAAGAGCUGGUAAAAUAAAAGUCCAAA